UGGUCACUGUAAGAGCAUCAGCAAAACUUUAUUUCGCUGAAAAAGUUUAACGCUUCUUUUAAUAGGUUUGUAGCCAUCGUUGCUAUUUUGGAGCUAUUUGAGUAACGGAAAGAAAUUGAGAAUGAAGCCUACGCUUUUUGAUCGUCAGAUGUAUGGACACUACAGGAGAAAUCCACCCACGGUUUUUCCAACGGUUCCUCUUCGGAAGAAGCAGCCCGAAACCGUGUUGAAGUCGCCCGCAGGAGAGUUGAACUCCCUGGCUCUAGCUCAGAUCACCCCCGAGCUGCUGAGGACGGUUCUGUACGGGAGGUGGCAGGGAAGAAGCGGGGAGACACGCGCUGUCAGCCCGAGGGAGAACCGGGUUCCGUCCCCUGACCACCAACGGUCUCCAGUCAGCCCAGAGCUGCCCAGUCUAACCGGUUUGGUACUACCACCCCAGUUGGAAGCGCGUAGUAGCCAGAUCCCUUGCCGUCGGUGGGGCGUGUUCGCCCGUACGUGGAUCAAGCAGGGUACGGAGAUGGGCCCAUACACCGGCAGGAGGGUCAACCCCACAGACGUGGACCCGUGCGUGGAGAACGAGUUCAUGUGGGAGGUGUUCACGCCGUACGGUGACCUGAGUCAUUACGUCGACGCUAGCCGCCAGGAAGACCGAAGUUGGAUGGCGUACGUCAACUGCGCAAGAAGCGAGCAGGAGCAAAACUUAGAACUGUUUCAGAAGGGAGAACAUAUCUACUACAGGGCGAUGAAGGCCAUCCCGCCGGAUGAGGAACUGCUUGUCUGGUACAGGUUCAGUCCAUCCACAUUUCUGGGUAUUCCAGGCGUCCCGCAACCUGAGGAGUUUACAACAAAGAAAGAAGACGACACAGUGACGACAGAACUACCGCCUGCGCCAGUGACUCACCGGCUGAAAUGUGUCGUCUGCAACCGGGGCUUCAAUUCCCGUAGCAACCUCCGCUCGCACAUGCGCAUUCACACCCUGGAGAAACCCUUCAUCUGCAAGUUCUGUCAGCGGAGCUUCAGUCAGUCCUCCACGCUUAGGAACCAUAUCAGAUUACACACAGGGGAGAAGCCAUACCGAUGUGACAUCUGCCAUAGCGCGUACUCCCAGCUCGCCGGGCUCCGAGCGCACCAGAAGAGCUCCCGGCAUCGCCUGCCAACCACCACCGACUCCCCAACACCAUCCACCACCCCCUCUCUAACCGCGCAUGCGCUCCAGGCGGACUCCUCCACCUACAUCCGGGACACGAAAUCAGACGGUAACAGUGACAGGUCGACGCCUUCACCUGACCAGUCGUUCUUCGCAACCUACUUCGCCUCCGAAAGGGUACGGACUGAGAACCCCAUGGCCUUCGUUCGGACGCCAUGUUGAAAACUUUUACAAUGCUGGAAGGGUUGAAAACCCACUGUAUUUAGUGAAAAUAGAAGCCAAGAACGGACAACAAUGGGCGUAUUUUCCCUGUAAAACAUCUUUUGAAGGGACUUUAGUUUCAGCGCAAAAUUAGGUCUGUACGAAUUAUUUUUGUAAAUACUGUAAAUAUGUUUAACUCACUUGAUGCCUUCUUUUUCUAUGUAUGCUAAUAAACAAUGCAUAAAAAUAAUAUUGGGUU